AUGUCCUCGUUCGUCGACACGCUAGGCGUCCCAGCCUCGGCCAUCGAGUUCCAUUAUAACACAGUUGACGAGCGAACGCGCCGGGCCCCGAAACACUCCAAGACCUUGCUUAAGGGCUUCGAACCCAUCCAGGUCAUCGGCGCCGUGGGCGUCAGCUGGCGACUUCACACGUCUAACGGACAGGAAGUGCGGCAGCCGUCUGUGCGAAAGGCCUUUACCGAGUGCAUCUCCGACGACGAGGAGCACAAUGGCGAGGGCACCGACAACCGCCACAUUAAGUCCAUCGUUCGCCUUAGGGACUACCACGCCGCGAGCACUCCGCACUAUUUCCUCCUUAACAACGAUGCUAUCACGGUUGGCGAGCACGGCGACCUGGUCAAGGACUCGUUCCGCCUCCCGCCGACGCGCGACAGGCUAGCGAUAUACCAUUACGCAGUCAAGAGCAGGGAAGAGAUGGAGGCGAAGAUGAGCCGGGGCAAUGGCAUGGACCAACCCAAGGCCUGA